AUGGGACUGGUGCGACAGUUGAUCGAUUGCCAGCACGUGUUCGAGGUCAGCGGGCUGGACAGCUGGAUGAACCAGCAGGCCCAGAACACCGCCAUACAGCUCCCCCACUGCCCCAACUGCAGGACACCCAUCCGCCAAACCUACCGGUAUGGAAAUGUGGUGAAGCAGAAGUUGCAGGACAUUGAGGGAGUCAAGCGACGCCUCCGCGAGCGGCAGAAGCAACUAAGACAGGCCGUCCGAGAGACCAAGACGCAGGCGAGUGCCCUCAUCGCAGACCUCGACAAGGGUCGGCAGCACGAAGAAGAACUGAUACGCGAGAUGCACGAGCUGAAGAAGCGUCUGUCACGCCCACUGGGCGAGGACGAAUUGCACGUGAUUCAGCAACAGCUCAGCAUGCAUGUAAACACCCUGAUGGGCCUGACCGUCUUCGUGCUGCUGCUGCUGCUGCCUGUCACAGUGGCGUCCUAUAUCAGGCUCAGGCGCAAUGUGGGCGAGAAGGCCAAGGCUCCGCUGAUCUACACGGUCCGCUUGGACAAGCUGAAGAGGGACAUGCUGGCCGUCCAUGUCGAGCUACCCGAGCUGCUGGCCAUGACACGCGACUUCUACCAGGUCACGAUCGAGUUCUUGGUCGAGGUCGUGCGGCAGGAACAGAUGGGGACAGACCUGCUCGGUCGCCUGGGCACACUCGAGCGUGAGCUCAGGGCCAACCAACGGCCGACCCUCGCGGACACUGAAAGGUGGCGCGCAGCGGUCGACAAGCUGCAGCAGGAGGGACUGGGCGUCGACAAGAAGACGUUGCAGCUGGUCAUCCAGGCCAUGACGAAGGAAGGAGGCAGCGGCCACUGGUUCAAAUGCCCCAACGGACACUUUUAUUUCAUCGGCGAAUGCGGAGGGGCCAUGGAGGAGGGCGUCUGCCCUGACUGCCACGCCACUGUGGGAGGCCACAGCCACAGGUGCGGCCCACAGUCCCACAUAGUACUUUGUUUCCUCUUCACACUCAUGCGGUGA